AGGUAGAGGGGCGGGACAGAGAGUGAGACAAAGAGGACUCGAGGCUAGGAGACACAGCAGCUCUUCAUUCUGAGCUGGGACUGCAUGCUGUCUCUGUGGCCAGUAAACCGGUUUGAUUAAUUAGUUAACCCAGCUGCCAGUUGGCAGGGAUGGGUGAUCCAGUAACCCUGGUGGAGUCUGCCGCCACUCCUGUUAUCACAGCCAUCCCCACUGUCAUUGCUGGGGAAAUGCAAGACGGGAAAACUCAAGCUGGCAGUAAGAAUGGGAAGAAGGCCGACUCUGGAUCCAGCGGCAGCUUCUUCACCUGGUUCAUCGUCCUGGCCCUGCUCGGUGUCUGGACUUCUGUAGCCGUGGUCUACUUUGACCUGGUUGACUAUCAGGGAGUCCUCGGUAAACUGGUGGCAUACGAUACAGAUGGCGAUGGUGAUUUUGAUGUCGAAGACGCUAAAGUUCUUUUAGGCUUGACCAGUGAGGGCGAUGGUCAGGGUACAUCCAAGGUUCUGGAUUGGUUAGAAGAAGUGGAAGAGGGCAGCUCUGAUUGGCUUAACAGUUUCUUCACUUUCCUGUACGGUCUGAUUAAUCCCCUGGAGCCCACAGAUGAGGAGGAACUUAGUGCCUCAGGGGAAGCUCUGGAAGCCAAUGACGAGGAUGACGAUGAUGAGAGCGGAAUCCGAAGAAGAGGAGCAAAAGAUGAUGGGAAACAGGGGCAGAAGAUCAUUAUAGUCGGCCUCCACAAUCAAUCUUGUUUUUGGGUAAUGUCAGAUGAGAAACCAGGUGACACAGACAGAAGAGGACCUGAGAAAGAGACCCCUCCAAUAAAGGAUGUGGGCCGGAAGCUGCGGGAUGCUCUAAAGCAGCAGCUGGCAAUCAUCCACGAACGUGUGGAGGCCAAGAAGCUCGCCAAGCUGGCCCUGGCUGAAGUCAGACGGCUCCUGGCCAAAGAGGAGGUGGAGGAGGAGGAAGAGGAGAAGCUGGAUCUGGGUAGGAAGGAUAUGACAGCCAGGGUGAAGGAAAGAAUAUCUGCCAGGCUGAAGGAGGAAGAGGAGGAGAUGGAGAAAGAAGAGAUGGAGAAUGCUCUGGAGAAAUUAAGAAAGGAAAAGGCAAUACAACAAGAUGAGAGAAAUACAGAGGAGGGCAAGGACAGCGAGGAGUCAAAGAACAGGGUAGAGAAUGAAGAGGGGGAAGGAAGGAAAGCACAGGAGGAGAAGGGUAUAGGGAGAAAAUCUGGCAAUGAAAAAAGGAAGAAAACCAAAGACGAUGGAGGCAAGAAGGUGAUGUUAAGACUGAAAGAGAAAGCUGUUGUCAUCACUUCCCGAAGCGAUCACGCAGCUGCCCCAGUGGAGACUCUUGAAGCCGAACUCACACCAGAGGCUGUCGUUGAGCCCGACCCUGUACUCGUGGAGGAGAUAAUUGAAGCUGCUGUAGCAGAGGACACUUCUGCUCCACCAUCAGAGCCUGAACCAGAACCUGAAGCAGAACCUGAGGAAGAGCCUGAACCAGAACCUGAACCAGAGCCUGUGGAGAUUCCUGAGGUGAUUGAGGAGGAUCCAGAGGUGCUGGAGGAGGAGGCUCCUGUCGUAGAGGAGGAUGCCCCUGAAGAGGAGGCCCCUGCACAAGAGGCCCCAGUCGAGGAGGCCACAGAGGAGGCUGCUCCAGCUGUGGAGGAGCCAGAAGCUGAAGAGGUUGAAGAGGAGAUGAUGGCAGAAGAGCCUGCAGAGGAGGAGGCAGCUGAGGAGCCAGUAGAGGAAAUGGCUACAGAGCAGACUGUGGAGGAGGAUACUGCUGACGAAGCUGUGGAGGAACCUGAAGCAGAGGCUGCAGUGGAGGAAACCAUGGUGGCUGAGGCUGUAGAGGAGGAGGCCGAGGCUGUAGAGGAGGAGGCCGAGGCUGUAGAGGAGGAAGCCGAAGAGGGGGAGGCCGAGGCUGAGGCUGUAGAGGUGGAGGCUGAGGCGGUAGAGGAGGAGGCCGAGGCUGUAGAGGAGAAGAGUGCUCAUACAGAAGAAGCUGAGGAAGAGGAGGCUGCUGAGGAGCAAUUUGAAGAAGAGGUAGCUCCUUCAGAAGAAGCUGUUGAGGAGGUAUUGGAAGAAGAAGAGGCAGCUGAGGAACCUGCUGAGGAAGCUGUUGAAGAGGUAGCAGUAGAAGAGGAGGCAGCACUGUCAGAGGAGCCUGUGGUGGAGGAAGAAGCACCUUCAGAGGAGCCUAUGGUGGAGGAAGAAGCACCUACAGAGGAGCCGGAGGAGGAAGAAGCACCUUCAGAGGAGCCAGAGGAGGAAGAAGCGCCUUCAGAGGAGCCUGUGGAGGAGGAGGAAGCUCUAGAAGAAGCAGUGGAGGAGGUUGCAGAGGAUGCAGCAGCCCCAGAGGAUACUCCGGAAGAAGUGGAGGAGCAAACAGUCCCAGAGACAGAAGAAGUAGCCCAAGAGGUAGAGGAGACAAAAGAAGAAGCAGCUGAGUUUGUCGAGACAGAAGAACAGAUUCUGGAUGAGCCCACAGAAACGUAGAGGCUGCAGUGGUCGUCGUGGUGACGGAGCAGGGACCCAGUGACGUUGCAUCAGCACCAUCUGAGUGCGCUCAGAACAAUGGUGCAUUUUUCCACAUCCGGGGAACGAAUGAAUCGUUGUGACAACACCCCACCCCUCAACCCUCCCACCCAUCUUUCCCCCUCGGUUUUCACAAAAUUUCCUUUUAGUGUGACAUGAUGGCUGAAAACUGUUUACUAAUAUGGUAUUCCUGUUUUUACCAUUGUUUUCUUUCUUUCUUAGUUUUUCAGUAUCUUUUUUUCGGUUGAGCACCCAUUUCCAGUUUUGUUCAGGGUGGUUUAGUGUGUGUGCGUGUGUGUGAGUGGCCAAAUGCCAAGGCAAUGUGACAUCUUUGUGCUCUCCUUGCAACAGGUCUACCAGAGUCUUGGGCUGUAACAGCAAAGGAUCUGAAACUGUACUUGAAAUUUCUCUGAGAUUGGCUUCUUGUAUUUAAAUACAAUUUCCAGGCAAAAUGAGGCCAUGACUUAAAACCAAUCUUUUUCACUUAAUCAGGACGUUUGCUCUAGCUGUGGAAAUUCCGAAUUAAGCAGCUCAGCUCCACUCAGCAGUUUUCUUUGGCCUCUGUUGUAGAUUCUAUGCAAAGCUGUCGUACAGUCUGUCACCUGCCUCCCCUCUUCUGCCUCCUCACCCCUCCUCACCAAUCCAGUUUAUUUACCACUCAGUAUGUGUCGAUUCCAGGACGAGCCAUAUGCUAGCAUGUGAACUUGGAGAGAGUGUGUACUAAAAGUGUGUGUGUGAAUGUUAUACUCAUGAGUGUGUUGAAAAAUCUCCUGCUAAUCUAUCUUUUCUGUGAGAAUCAAGUGUCAUGAUGUCGUUUUGAAGAUUUUUUUUCUCUCCUUCAGUUUGUCUCCUAAUAACUUGUACAGUCUGUAUAGACUUUUUUUUUCAUAUUUCAGACAUGAAUACUAAGAGCAUCUAACCAGGCGAUCAAACAGGUUUCAACUGAAGUUGCAACAUGUUACUUCAACUCUUUGAGUUUGAACUGUGAUGUAACGUAGGCCACUGUUGGUGGUGCGAAGCUGUCAUGUGGUGGUGUCCAGAUUCUUUCUAAGAACACACCAGCAAUUUUUGGCUGAAGCAGUUAACCCUGUGUGAGACAGAAUCCAUUUCUGUAGUCGUAGCUUCAGUGUAAAAAAAUGAUUUCUUGCUCAUAAAGGGUUAAAUAGAUCAGGAGCCAUGUUCCUGUGGAAGAGCAAUCAUUACUAACCAACUGAUGCCAGUAAAUUGAAUCCUUUUUUUUUUUCCUCUUCAGCAGUGUAACUUUACUGGUUUGUUGGUUUAAGGGAAACAUAUUUACUGUUUCCUUUUCCUCUGAAACAUCAGUUUGUCUGUAUGAGCUUUUCAAAACAGUGAUGCAGGCCCAAAAGAUCAGAGCCAAAACAUAAUUUCAUGAAUUACUCCAUCAAAUCACAGAACAAAAAAGCCAAAUGAGAUCUUUCUCUGUUUAUAUUUUGGAGUAAGGGCGACCUGAUGUUUUAGUUAUCGUUCUUUUUUUCGCCCCUGUUCUAAGUGUGUAUCACCUUGCUCUGGAUAGGAUGAAUUACUGUGACUGAUGUGGUGUUGGGACAGUGGCUGCAGCAACUUGUGCAGCACAUUUUCCUUUGGAUACUGACAGUGAUCUCUUUGUAGAGCUGACAUUGUAGGAAUUAUUGCAACACAACAUUACAGUGGGAGGAAAGCAACAUUGCAGAAACUUUCCUCACUUUUUAAGAAUUCUCAUGUCCCGCAUCUGUGUAGUCCUCCCAUACUGUGACUAGCGGGCUGUUUUUAGGGAUGUAGCGCACCCUAGUGGUGAGCAGUAGCUGUUUCUGUAGGGUGUUUUGUUUAGUUUCUCUGUAACACUAGCUGGUCUUUUCUACUUCCUACCACUUUGUAAGUCAAUGUGAAUUGUCCAAUCUUUUUAACAUUGAAUAUUGCAAUCUUUACCAAGAGAGCUUCUAGAUUUUUAAAAGGAACAUUUUUUAAAGGAACCUGGAGAAAUAAAGAACUUCAUUUUCUGAAAAUGCUUUAAAAGCUUUUUUUACAAAGCCAUAAGCUGUUUGUCAGACAGGUCUAAGGGGCAGUACUACUUCAACACAAAAAUUGUAUUCUUGUUCACAAGGAAAAGCGAUACGAGUCAAACAGCAGAGAGGCCACACUGCAGCGCCCGGUGAAAGUUUGUCAUUCCUAAUCUUUGGUCAGAAGUCAUGUACAUGCUGCAAUGGGCUGCAAUGCUUUGUUUCCAGCAUACAGCGUCUGGGUUUAGUGAGCUCAGGGGUGUUGUGGGGAAAUAUUACAGUUUGGCUUAUAAAAACGGCUCAAUCUCUCUCAAAGUUUGUCCAUCGAUCGUGACCUUCAGUAUGUGGAUCUGAUACUGUCAUGUAGAUGAUGACCAUGGUGAUUAAAUUAUUGUGAUGUACUGACAAUGAUUGGCUGUUCAUGGAGAUUUGAAGUAUUACGGUUUUUUGUAAAUGAUCUGUUAUGCGAGCUGAAAUAAAAGGUUUGGGACAACACAA